GCAAACAAAUUGGUCAGCCUCGUAUAAAGUUCACUUUCAAAAGAGCAGAAAAUGUAAAGAAGAGCAGACAGGAAGGAGACAGCCUCAGAGCAGACCCCAGCCUUCAGACCUUCUAACUGUCACUAACCGCCACACGGUCACGAGCCGGACCGGACGGCAGCACCAUGGACCUGCUGCACAGCUCCGGAGUGGACCUGGCCGUCCGCCUGCAGGCCCAGUGCCGCGACUAUGAGAGCUGGUUCCACUUGGCCUCCACGGUGGCAGACCUGCACACCGUCUACUUCAUCGUCUUCCCUCUCUGGUUCCACCUGCACCGUGAGGUGAGCAUCAAGCUGAUAUGGGUGGCUGUCAUUGGAGACUGGCUCAACUUGGUCCUCAAGUGGGUUCUGUCUGGGGAGAGACCAUACUGGUGGGUUCAUGAAACACAGUAUUAUGGGUCAAUGCAAGCGCCUGUCUUAGAACAGUUCCCCAUCACAUGUGAAACUGGGCCAGGGAGUCCCUCGGGACACGCCAUGGGCUCGGCAGGGGUUUGGUAUGUGAUGGUAACUGCUGUCCUCUCCAUUGCUGCAGAGAAGUGCUCUUCAGUGUUCACAGGGCUUUUGCGCUUGGUGCUAUGGAUGGUGUUUUGGUCUGUGGAGCUCCUGGUCUGUAUGUCCCGGGUGUAUAUGGCUGCCCACUUCCCACACCAGGUCAUCGCAGGGGUCAUCUCAGGCAUGAUUGUGGCUGAGGCCUUCUCCAGAGUGCAGUGGAUCUACAGCGCCAGUCUGAAGAAGUACUUCUUCAUCACCCUCUUCCUGCUCUCCUUCGCUGUGGGGUUCUACCUGCUGCUGAAGGCGUUGGGCGUGGAUCUGCUCUGGACCCUGGAGAAAGCUAAGAAGUGGUGCGUCCGUUCUGAGUGGGUCCACAUGGAUAGCACACCCUUCGCCAGCCUGUUGCGCAACAUGGGCACUUUGUUUGGACUUGGGCUAGGCCUGCACUCACCCCUGUUCACUGAGAGCAAAAAGAGCACCAGCGCCCCCUUCAGGGGCGGCUGUAUCAUCGCCUCCCUGGUGCUGCUGCAGCUUCUAGAUCACCUGAACUUCUCCUCUGAUAACGCAACACGAUACUACUUACUGUCCUUCUGCAAGAGUGCUGCUGCCCCCCUCAUUGCCACCUCUCUAGUGCCUGGUUUUCUCGCCCACCUUUUUUGGGGAAAGAAAGGCAAAAAACAUUGAACACUAAUUUAAUAGGACGAGGUGAGGUGCCAUUUCUCUUCCAGAUUCAGCCGUUGUGAGAGCCCAUAUCUUCAUGUCUGUACACAUCACUAAGGCUCUGAGUUCUGGGUGAUUGGGCUAUGUGUGUUGUAACUGGAGCACAAAAUGAAUGAAAGCUCACACAUAAAAUCCACGUAGCCAUGUUAGCAUGCUUCAAAGCUACCCAAUGCUCUGUGAAUAGCCCCUGGAUAUUGUAACAUACUAUAACGGGAUGACAUGCCGAUUCAACAGUUAAAAGAGUAGUCAGCAUUUACAAUGGAGGGUUGCAUCGAAGCUCCAAGAAACACGUUGCAGUGACUAGGACUCCCUGGCUGCUUUUGUUGCUGUUUUUGUAUGCCAUUAUUUCUGCGCUGUUACAAAACUGAAGGACUGGGAUUCUUGUGCACCUUUCUAUUAGGAACUCCCACAGGAGAGGACCAUUCUGUCUGCUCUGGGUGCUUUUUAAAACUGACCCAGGCUUCUGUUCACAGUUUUCCUGUUUUUGUAUAAUCUCUUACUUGCUCAUUUGCAAUAUAAACAUCAGUGAGAUUUUUUUUUUUAAAGAAGGCAAGGCAUUUUCCAGUUUGCCUUGGGAGUGCUUCUCUGAUUGGCCUUGUGAGACUAUACCAUGUGCUUUUUUAUGCUUCAAUUAUAAUGCUGGAGCAAUGAUUAAAUUAAGUGAAAACAUUGUUUGAAUAUCAUCAUAUCCAUGUGAUGAUUAGACCAGAUAAAGUUCCCAUUGGAGUAACAUCCAUAUUGACAGCUGAGACUGCCAUUUAAUAUCUUACCUACUUAUUGAAAAAACCUACUUAUUGAAAAACUCCCAAGUUAGACAUUGAAUGAAUAUGACAGAAAUAACUUGUGAACCUUCUUUCACUUCUGACGCAUCUUUCAAUGCGCAUUUAUAUAAUAGUGUCCUGUAACAGCUUGUGUUAAUGAUUCUCGAUCCCUAUCUCUGUAAACUUGGCCCUCGUGUGCCCACUUGGGCCCAGCAGCACCCUCCCAUUCACAUGCACACACAGGCAGGCACUCAGCCAAUCAGGUGUUUUAAAGGCGGAUUGGUCCACCGGGUUGGCACAACUUCCCUGCUGAGAACACAAGACCAAAGGUUUGCUAGCAACCUCUGUGAUCUGAACUCUGACCCUCUCCAGAGCAAAAGAUUGUGUGUACUGUACCCGAGAGAUGCACUGUGGUUACCACAUGUUAUUGUGGCCGUUUGGGUUCACUUGUCCCAUCAGUGUCACUCACCUCGUACCCUUUUCUUUCAGCUCUGCUGUUAACUAAUAAAACUACGCCUGUUUCUGUUCUGCUCAUACUAAAAUCGCCUUGCAGGCUUUCGUCUAGUUUUCUCCUCAUUAAGAAAUGUCAAAAGUACAAUAACAUUCCUUCUGGCUGCAGUGGCAUUGUCUGACUUUAUGAAUCUUGCAUUUUACUGUAAUAUUCAUUAUAGAAUCUCCGGAUUCUCAAUGAACAUAAUACCUCUGCAGCCAGGAGGUCAGAAGCCCACCACAGAUGAAUCAUAAGACCUCCACAGGUAGAAGGCAGAACUGCAGGAAAGGUUGGGGGGUGUUUUAUUUUGUGAAUACCUUGCUGAGGAAAGGUAGAAAGGAAGCUGGGUCAAACAAUUUCACAGUAUAACCAAUAACCUACAGCAAAUUCCUAUUUUGGUAUGUAGAUAUAUGCAUUUUUAAAUAUUCAAUUGGAAUUGCGGCAAUGUCGGUGAUUUAUAUAUCUUUCAUUAUUGCCUGUUUUAACACACAGAAGGACUAUUGUUGUUUGGUUGGUAAUCUUGGCAUUUUUAGAUUCAUUUUGGUAAUCUUAAUGUGUGCAAGGAGGCACAGGAUAUUUAAAAUCCCUUGCCAACAAAUGCUUCUUGGAGCCUCAGGGUCAUUUUCGAUUCUCUCCUUAAUUUUGAGAGUCAUAUUAAAAAGGUAGCGCAAUCUUGCUACCAUCAGCUCAGGUACGUAGCAAAUAUUAGGCCAUGUUUAUCUUUUUCUGGCACUGAGAAAGUAAUUCAUGCUUUUCUCUCCUCUCAGUAAGAUUACUGCAACUCUCUAUAUGCAGGUUCAAGUAGUCUUGUAUUAUCUAGCUCCAGCUUGUUCGAAAUUCAGGGUAACCCUGGUGUCCUGGCUAAACAAUCCCACACAAUAGCCUGGAUAUGCAUGAACAACAUGCAGCACAAACAAGCAAGUUAUCACAAAGUCUAUUUUUCCCUUGUUAUCUUACAUUUGCUCAUUCCCUUGUCCACGUCAGCUCAUGACUGUGUAGGCUACAACUGUAUUCUUUUUGGUGCAGAUGAGAUAAAGUUCUGUGCUCAGAAUCAAUAGCAGUGUGGAAUCAAAUAUCCAGUGUUCAACCUGUUGGUUAGCAGGCUGCUUGUCUUUGCAGUUCCCUUGGCUGGAUUUUUAUUCCUGUUAUUUUUCUGUAUCCUUUUAAUUGUUUUUUUUAUUGCUUUUCCUUGAAAACAUAACAUUGGCUAGCUCUCUGUAAGACCACAGAGAAAUACCUUGAGGUGCCCCAUCUAUGUAAGACACUGUGUACAUGUAGGCUGUGAAUGGGGUUCCCCUCUUUGGUUUUAUAUAUAAAUGCCCUUAAAUAAAAGCUGAGAAUGUGCUCUUUAACCAUAUGUGAAUUGUUUGAUUACAAAUCUAAAAUUGUGGAGUACAGAGCCAAAUCAAUAAAAAAAAUGUCUUUUA